AUGACCCGGAAGCAGAUGACCGAGUUUGCCUUGGGAAAGAUGAUAACUAACAGAUUUGAGUAGUGGUGACGUGACACUCUUCCUGGUUGUUUGGAUGCUGGAGAGGGAUCGGAGCCGAUUACUGGUGCCCGGUCUGGUUUAGCGGCUUUCUGAGGUCCCCCGAAGAGGCCCGGACUGUUGUGUGGCUUUCAGAGCGGGGCCACGUUAGGCCGCCGCUUCAUUUCUCGGUCAUAUUUGAGCUAAAUCUAUUGUCAAGAUGGUUUUAGCAGAUCUUGGGAGGAAAAUUACCUCAGCAUUGCGCUCCCUGAGCAAUGCUACCAUUAUCAAUGAAGAGGUUUUAAAUGCUAUGCUAAAAGAAGUUUGUACGGCAUUAUUGGAAGCUGAUGUCAACAUAAAGCUGGUGAAACAACUAAGAGAAAAUGUCAAAUCUGCUAUUGACCUUGAAGAAAUGGCUUCUGGACUCAACAAAAGAAAAAUGAUCCAACAUGCUGUCUUUAAAGAACUUGUUAAGCUUGUAGAUCCUGGAGUCAAAGCUUGGACACCCACAAAAGGAAAACAAAAUAUCAUCAUGUUUGUAGGCUUGCAAGGAAGUGGCAAAACAACGUCGUGCUCAAAGUUGGCAUAUUAUUACCAGAAGAAAGGCUGGAAGACAUGUUUGAUAUGUGCAGACACUUACAGAGCAGGUGCUUUUGAUCAGUUAAAACAGAAUGCAACAAAAGCAAGAAUUCCAUUUUAUGGGAGUUACACAGAGAUGGAUCCUGUAAUUAUUGCUGCAGAAGGUGUUGAAAAAUUUAAGAAUGAAAACUUUGAAAUAAUAAUAGUUGAUACAAGUGGUCGUCACAAGCAGGAAGACUCUUUGUUUGAAGAAAUGUUACAAGUUGCUAAUGCCAUACAACCAGAUAAUAUAGUAUAUGUGAUGGAUGCCUCUAUUGGUCAAGCCUGUGAAGCUCAAGCAAAGGCUUUCAAAGAUAAAGUUGAUGUUGCUUCUGUAAUUGUGACCAAACUUGAUGGCCAUGCCAAGGGAGGUGGAGCAUUGAGUGCAGUUGCUGCAACUAAAAGUCCAAUCAUUUUUAUUGGAACUGGCGAACAUAUAGAUGACUUUGAACCUUUUAAAACACAGCCUUUUAUCAGUAAACUUCUUGGCAUGGGAGAUAUUGAAGGAUUGAUAGAUAAAGUGAAUGAAUUGAAAUUAGAUGACAAUGAGGCUCUCAUAGAGAAACUAAAACAUGGUCAAUUCACAUUGAGAGAUAUGUACGAACAGUUCCAAAACAUCAUGAAAAUGGGGCCCUUCAGUCAAAUAUUGGGUAUGAUCCCUGGUUUUGGAACAGAUUUCAUGAGUAAAGGCAAUGAACAGGAAUCAAUGGCACGGCUAAAAAAACUGAUGACGAUAAUGGACAGUAUGAAUGAUCAAGAACUAGAUAGUACAGACGGAGCCAAAGUUUUCAGUAAGCAACCAGGAAGAAUCCAAAGAGUAGCAAGAGGUUCUGGUGUUUCAACUAGAGAUGUUCAAGAACUCCUGACACAGUACACAAAAUUUGCACAAAUGGUGAAAAAGAUGGGAGGCAUUAAAGGACUUUUUAAAGGAGGUGAUAUGUCAAAGAAUGUAAAUCCAUCCCAGAUGGCAAAACUGAACCAACAGAUGGCAAAGAUGAUGGAUCCUAGAGUUCUUCAUCAUAUGGGUAAUUAUGCUUUUUCUUUUCUUGCUGCAGAAGUGGGCUGGAAACGUACGACUUCCUAUCAGUUUAAUAAAAUAGACUACCUUCCAAACAUCUUGGAGACUGAACUCAGCCAUUUUGCUAUGACAAAAUUAUAUUUAUGGUACAGUUACAUAUUGUAAUAUGCUGGAAUGAAAAAAAAAUCACAAUAUUUUUAAGUAAAUAAAUUGAGGUUGUCUUGAUAUUAUGCACAUAAUAUCAUAACAAUUAGAUUAUUUGAAAACUAGAUACAACUACCACCCCCAGCUAUGGUUUCAUUUAUUUUUCUCUAUUUCCUUAAUAUGUACCAUAUCAACUUUUUAAAGUUCUUUUUUUCUUUUUCUAUUUCAUCUUAUGUAUCAUAAAGUCUGGAAUUCAAAAAAUGUACACAAGUUUAUCAAUAUUGGUAGACAUGUUUAUGCAUUCUAGUUUGCAUGGGCACUUCGUUGUUCCACUAAACGUUCUUUGCAACUGUUUUUGAAUCAAGGAGAUACUGAAUACUUGCUAUUUGAAACAAGGUGAUAUGAAUGACUGCUAUUUAAGAAGCAGUAGAAAAAUAA